AUGAAAACCGUGGUCGGCGUUUUGGGGCGGGCUACAAAACUGUUCUAAAUACAUCGCCGGGGUUCCUACGCUACUUCCUCCCCCCUUUCCCAAGCUCAGGUCGAGCUUGGAAGAAGAAAAGAUCGAUAGUGAGAUCGAGAGACCGUCAUCACCAGCUUCCAUGGCCGCACCGGAAGCCCCCCUCUGUUACGUGGGAGUCGCGAGGCAGUCCGCUGCUUUCCGCCUCAUGAAACAAAUGGGAUGGGAAGAAGGUGAAGGCCUUGGGAAAGACAAGCAAGGAAUUAAGGGAUAUGUCAAAGUAAAAAACAAACAGGAUACUGCAGGCAUGGGCUUAGAUAAGGCUGCUAACAACUGGGCAUUUGAUACCACUCAAUUCGACAAUAUUCUCAAAAGAUUGAAAGUGCAGGUAGCAGAAUCGAAAGAUGAAGUUGUAGAAACAAAUGGUCUUCAACUAGAUACUGCAGACUGUACAUCCAAAGUGGAUACGGCAGUUAAAGCAACACGACCACAGGGGAGAUACAAGAAAAGGGAGAGAGGGAAGCUUGUCAAUGCAUAUUCAGCAAAGGAUCUUCAAGGAAUUCUUGGCAAUCAGGUUGAGGAUAUGCAGAUGAAUCAUGAUCAAGUUGUUGAACUAGAGUCAUUGGAGGUAUUUGAGUCCCGGGACUGUCAUGUGGAAGAUAAUGGCAUUUCAGAACAUUGGUGGGGCCAUAAACAUGGGUUUAUCUCGGGAGGUUUCCUUGGUUCACAAUCUUUGAAACUGAAAUCACUUCAAUCUAAAAAUUCUCAAUGUCGUGGAGCAGCACGUGCAAUAAAUGAAAGGGCUACAUUUGCUGAAGAAGAUCAAGAAAAUCUUUAUAACCUUGUCCAGGAUAAAGCCACAACAGGAAAGCAGGGACUUGGCAUAAAGGAUCGACCCAAGAAGAUUGCUGGCUGCAACUGGAAGGGCAAGAAGACAUCUUUUGAUGACAGCGAUGGGGAAUAUCCCCCAGAUACUGGUGGUUCACUGAAACGAAAACACAGCGAAGAGCCAGAAGUGAGAGAAAAUGAUGAACCAAAACUUAAGCUGAAAAGGCUUUGCAAACAGCUUCUCCGUCAGGCCCCUGGUCAGUCACUGAAGGUGAAGCAGCUUAAAGUACUUAUUGAGGCACAGUCAGCUUCUGUCUUCUCCAACUUGUCUUCAAAGUGUGAUGCUCUCUUGUACUUGAAGAAAAAGCUAGAAAGCAGCAGGAAGUUUCGUGUGGAGGGAAAGAGAGUCAGUCUCUACUCAUCAUCUAAGAGAGACUGAAAAUUUUGUUAGGAAAGAGGACUUUUUUGAGGUGAGCUUGUUAUAGAUCUUAGCUCGGAUUUUACUUAAUACACUUAUUAUUAUUUAUUAUUCUUUUUCUUCUUCAAUUAUUUGAAUUUUUAUUUAAAAGCAACUUGGAAAUGGAAAUUUGAUGUUUAUAACAUCAUUACUGUUAAAAAUCCAAAGGGACAUAGGCAUAUUGAUUCCAGAAUCUUGAUGGGAACA